AUGGUCCAUGACUGCAAGUUCGAGGACACCGGUGGCGCCUACAUGCUGACUGUCCUUCUUGAAAAACCGGGCGUAAAGUUCAGCAAACCGGCCGUGAUUCCAGCGAAGGCUCCGAAGAAGGAGGCGCCAAGCGAGCCUCCGAAGUCGGCACCAAAAGACGUCCCGAAGGGUCUGGAAACCGAAGAUUCUGUCAGACAGGCACGGUACCAGAAGGCGCCACCCAUCAGCCUCAAGAAGGACGAUAAACUUGCCGAACCUGCAGAAAGCGCCUUUUUCGAUACAGAAGACACCUGCUUCCCCUUUUCCCUUCUUUUUCACCUCCAGUGCGAGGGAACGCUAAAACCUGCGGAGAACUUUGACUCUAAAGCUGACUGUCAACGGCUGAGGAAGGCUAUGAAAGGCAUGGGUACCGAUGAGGACGCUAUCAUCGAGGUGCUGGGCCACCGAUCGUUGAAACAACGACAGCAGAUCGUGCUCGACUUCAAGACGCUCUUUGGGCUGGAUCUGUCGAAGGAGCUGGCCUCUGAACUGAGCGGGAACUUCAAACGCAUCUGUCGGGGUCUCUGUCUCUCGCCCGAGAAUUACGAUGCUGAAGAGCUGCAUGAAGCCAUGUCUCGUCCAGGCACGGACGAAGACUGUCUCAUUGAAAUCAUCUGCACGCGGACAAACGCUCAGCUGUUACUCAUUGCGGAGGCGUAUCAGAAACUGUACAACCGGAGUCUUGAGGAUCACGUUGCGAAGGAUACGUCUGGACACUUUAAGCGACUUCUGGUGUCACUGCUGCAGGCCAAUCGGGACGAGAGCAAGACCUUUGACAGGAACCUGGCGAGGAAAGAUGCUGAGGAUUUGCUUGCUGCUGGUGAAAAGAAGCUUGGUACAGACGAAUCCAACUUAGAAUACACCUACGCACACGUAAGGGAACGGAACGAGGCUGAGGAGACGGGUAGUCGUGGUGGUGGUGGUGGUGGUGGU